AACAAAGUUUGCACACGGAAUAUAUAUGGAAUACUCUGAUGACACAACAUAACUCAAAUAUUUGAAAUCAUAACUUGACUUCGGACAGGAUUAAUUUUCUUGUAAAGCCAUGGGACGUUUUAUUCUUAGUUUGUCAGUUUUCACUGCUUUUUGGAUUUACUCUGUUAGUGCAAUGCCUAUGGAUGGAGAAAUGACUGUUGAAGAAACGAAUAAGACAUAUUCGUGCUUGAAAGAGAGUCUGACUGAAAACCUUAAGAUGCACUUCGACAUGUGUGUUGUGAAUAUGAAUGAAGCAAAUAUGUCGGAAGAAAAAAAUGUACUACUCUGUGUUUUAAGAACGGCUGGAAUGAUUAUCGAAGAAGAAGAUAAAGUGGAUACUAUGAAGAUGAAAAUGGUAGAAGAAGAAAUUACGGACAUGAAAGAUCUGCAACAGGAAAAUGUCAAUGCAGCUGUGGAUAAAUGUGAGAUGACAGAGGAUUUAAAAGACUCUAAGUCUCAAGAUUUCGUCCUGUGUCUUCUUGAAAAUUUAAGCAUGAAUUGCACCAUGAUGGAAAAUUCAAUGAAAAUGGAAGAGGGAAGUAUGGCAGUUGAAGAAUCUGAAGAAGCUCAAGCUGUUCUUUAAGAAAAUAUUUAAAAAAAAUAAUAAAUGAAUAAAGCUCAUUCUAAACGUUUCCAAAAAUUAUAAAUAAAAGGAUACU